CUGGUGGGAGGUCUGGUAACGGAACCUCAACGGUGAGAACUCCAUCUCCAGUAAUGAAUGAGUGAAUACUUGUUGCUUCGAUUCCAUCAGGAAGCCUGUAGAUGCGUUAAAGAAGAAAAGUAGUCUCAGAAAGGUCAGGCAAUGAUGCUAGAAGAGAAGAGAAGUGAAGAGAAGCGAAGACAAGACGAGAAGCAAGAAGAAGAGAAGAGAAGAGAAGCGAGGUAAAGAGAAGCAAAGAGAAGAAGAGAAGUGAAAGAGAAGAGAAGCGAAGAGAAAGAGAAGAGAAGCGAGGAGAAAGAGAAGAGAAGCGAGGAGAAGAGAAAGAAGAGAAAGAGAAGCGAGGAGAAAGAGAAGAGAAGCGAGGAGAAGAGAAAGAAGAGAAAGAGAAGCGAGGAGGAAGAGAAGAGUUUUUUUGUUUUGUUUAUUUGGAUUUUAACGUCAUGUUUUACACUUUGGUUACAUUCAUGACAGACACACGGUAGUUACUCGUUACACAAGAUUCAUCACUUCUCAAGGUUAUAUUGAACACAGUCAUGGACAAUUUAGUAUCUCCAGUUCACCUCACUUGCAUGUUUUUGGACUGUGGGAGGAAACCGGAGCACCCGGGGGAAACCCACGCAGACAUGGGGAGAACAUGCAAACUCCACACAGAAAGGACCCGGACCGCCCCACCUGGGGAUCGAACCCAGGACCUUCUUGCUGUGAGGCGACAGUGCUACCCACUUAGCCACCGUGCCGCCCCGAAAGAGAAGAGAAGCAAGGAGAAGAGAAAGAAGAGAAAGAGAAGCGAGGAAAAUGAAAGCGAAGAGAAUCAAAGAGAAGCGAAGAGAAAGAAAAGAGAAGCGAAGAGAAAGAAAAGAGAAGCGAGGAAUAGAGAAGAGAAGAGAAAAGAAGGCGUGGUUCACAAUUUAAGUUUAAUUCAUCCCAGUAGUGGAGAACUGGAGCUUCUUUAGUCAAGCCAUGUCUUCAUAUAGAGGGAAGACUUCCCCAAAUUGUUGCCACAAUGUUUUUUUUUAAUGCAUUUUUCUCCCGGUUUAGCACAUCCAAUAUUGUCUUCCGCUGCUGACAGACUCCAGAUUUGCAUCCAAGGAGAGCACGCCGCUGCCCACGCCUUCUUUACACGUGUACAGCCCUCCUCUUCUGUCAAUCAGGGUCCUUACACAGCGUAUGAAGACCCACCCACCCACAUAUAGUCCGGUCCCCACCCUGCAGAUACCAUGGCCAAUUAGUAUCUGCCGCAGGCACUGCCAAUUAUGCCCACCAGAUGGCGCCCAGCCGACCGGUGGUUGCCACAAUGUUAAAAGCAUGUUGUUUACCCCAUAUCAGUUUUAUACACUUUAUAGCAACAGCUGUGGCGGAAACGACUAAAUUCCUUCAUACUUUUAACCAUUUAGUGUACAUGCAGUCCACAGUAGUUGAACACUCUGAGCACUUUGACCCCUGAACAAAGAAAAAUGGGGAUUUAUUUUCCUCUCGAACCGGUUUGAAAUGAUCCUGUUACCACUGGAGACUGAACACAGAACAGACGCCGGUUGCUCCGCAUGUUCUGUUCUGAGUUUGUUUGUCUUGUGAAUGACUUGAACACUUUUCAUACUUUCUUAUCCUAGUUUGUCUUUAAAAGCAGAGCGGCAUGUCGAAAACUCUACAGCACUGCCCAGUUUUGGACCUUGGACAGUUCUUGAAGAUAAAGGCGGUUCAUAAGAACCCAAACCGGGAGCCGGACGUGUGGCAGAACUUUCACCAGAGACACCAGACGCGGUGUGGAGACGGGGAAGAGAAACGUCGUCCAGAGCCCGAAAAUGUGCAGAAUUCGCCUCCAAGGUGGCUGCAGAUCCAGAACAGAGGCGACACCGACGCCCUCCGGAGGCAUCUGCGGCGCUCCAGGAAGCUGGUUUCUGCAGUGAAGCGAGGUUGUAGCUACUACCAACUCCUCCAGGAACAGGAGGAACAGAAGACAGAAAGGAGGAGGAAGAAAGAGGAGCGGAGAUGCGGCGAGCUUCGGCCGCCGUCCAGCGUCUCUGACUCGGACACGGACGACGAGGACGAGAUGUCUGCUGAUGGACGCGGUUCCUCAUCGCUGUCCAGACGAAGCAGGAAGAGACGGAGCCAGACGCCACGCCCCUUCACUCCAGUCCACCAGUCUCUGGCCUCGGAUCAGCCACAAGGUUUACCCGAGGCGUGUGUGUAUCGCCAGCUGUGCUGUCUGUGUUGGCUUCUGGAGUCUCUCAGUCUGGACCGGUCUGGAGGUUUUGGACCAGUGGCUUCCUGCUGGGAUGCUAAAUAUUCAGGCAGGAGUAGAUCUACUCUGAAAACUCAGAACAGAGAGAAGGUGAUUCAGACCGAGUGGGAACGCUUUAUUUCUCCACCCAAGUCUCUGCGGUCUGUGUUCAGGGUGGCUCGUCUGGCCUCUUCGACCCAAAAGUCUUUCACCCUCGGUGUAACAUCCUCAUCAUCCAUGGGUACCGCAUCGUCGCUAGGCAACAUGUCAUCUUGUGAUGUCACUGUUUCCACUGAAGAGAGCGAGUCGACAAGUGUCAUCAUGUCUGAGGCGGAUCCUCCGGUUUCUAAAUACCUGCAGAAGUUGCUGGACGAGGUCCACCAGAGCGUUCAUAAGGAGCUUUAUGGAUCACGCUUGGACGACAGUUCUGAUCCACACACGGUCGGCUUUAUGGCAGUCAGAGCUGCAGUUCCCAGUCAGAACGACACCGAUACAGAGAAGAUAGAGUCACACCAACCAGGAAGUUCCCAGCCUGAGCGUCCCUCUGAAUCCUCGCUGUCCAGCCUCAGGAAGGAGGCCGUGCUGGACAAGAUGAAGACGACGUUUGAAGCGAGAGCAGUAGAACUGAGACAGAAUUUAUCGGACGCUCUUAAUCGCAGUACCAGAUGUUUCUCCGCCACAGUGAUGGGUGUGACCUUAAAAUCAGGAGUACGGGGGACUGAAGACACCCCAGGAACACCGUACAGCACCCACUGGCUCUCGUCGUUAAUCAGCAGUCUCACCAGCAGUGAUCUCACACACUCCAGCAGGAAGUUGCAGUGUGUGUUAGACAAGCUGAACCAUUUUACUCAGGAGGAAACGCUGCGUAUCCGACCACAGACUUUCCUCAGGGUCCUGAACACACUUCCACCCUGGGAGCUCUGCUGCCCCGACCUGUGUGUGGCUAUUGAGAUAGUGAGGAGGAACGUAGUGAAGAUGCCUGCAGACGAGUACGACGCCUGGCUGCAGAGCAAGGUCGACCUGCCGAACAGCGUUAAACCCGACAGAUAGUUCCCGCUCGGAUCAGUAACGUAUGUUCUAUUUAUGCGGCACCAUCUGAGACGCCGGGUUAUUUUAGAACAUAAAUGCAGAGGUGUGAAAAAGUAUUCACCUUCUUUCAAGCUGCCGCUGCUGUUAACGUACGUCUCCAUACUGAAUGAUUUAUAAUGUUAUAUUUUUGUUUAAUGAUCUUAAAACAGGGACACAACACACAAAAGUAAAUAAAGGAAUUAACUACAAAUA